ACCAUGGCCACCGCCACCAGCCCCAGCGUCUUCCUACCCAUGGUGACGGGGCAGAUCGAGAGCGCCCAGUUCCCAGAGUUUGACGAUCUCUACUGCAAGUACUGCUUUGUCUACGGCCACGACUGGGUGCCCACCACGGGGUUGGAAGAGGGAAUAUCUCAGAUCACCUCUAAAAGUGGAGAUGCACAGCAAACCCUUGUGUGGAAUUUUCCGAUUGACAUCACCUUUAAAAGUACCAACCCCUAUGGCUGGCCUCAAAUAGUAUUAAGCGUUUACGGACCUGAUGUCUUUGGAAAUUAUGUUGUCCGUGGUUAUGGAGCUGUUCGUGUUCCCUUCACGCCUGGAAGGCACAAACGAACGAUUGCUAUGUUUGUUCCAGAAUCGACAUCAAAGCUGCAGAAAUUCACAAGCUGGCUCACAGGAAGGCAUCCGGAGUUCACCGACGCAAGGGUGGUCGCCAAGGGAGAAGGAUGAGAAGU